CAGAUGUAAACAAUUUUUUAAUAUCAACAAAUGCAGGGAAGCGCGAGGACAGAAUUUCUUUAAAUGGAGAUUGUUUCAGUCGUCUUGUGAUAAAUGGCCAACACAGUUGCUUAAUCCUAACGGUAUGGAUCGCACGACUACGAUUGGUUCUCAUUUUACAGCGGUUAAAGUUGCAGCUAAAAUAUUCGGAAAAAAGUUUGCGAAAACAAGUAAAUUUGUCUAUGCUAAUCGCUUAUGGAUGCAUACAAUCCCAACACGAGACUGCGACGUACUAAUAGCAUUCCCUGAGAAAACCCAAGAUGACACAUUAAUGUGGCUGCUGUCUCGUCUACGUGCUCGUACCCCCGAGAUAAUCGUACAAGUGAGGCAUCAUGGGAACACUGGGGUGCAUGGCUUCUAUCUGUCAUCUAACUAUGAAAAUCUAUUGAAGGGUGCAGAGAAUCUUGCCCUUCGCAAACCGAUUAAAGAGGAAUAUGGUGGAGGUUUGAAAGAGUUCACAUGUGCAGAGCAAGGCAUCUUUGACGGUGUUGACAACCAAGCUGAAUUCUUACGUUCACAGGAAAGACAAGCAAUAGUAAUGAAUAUGCUUCAAAAUUUACGAGCUGGUGAGAACGAGAGUCUUGGUAAAAUUACAUUCCACGAUGGGCAACCUAUAGUAUCAGUACUAUUAUCUAAGGGGAUAAUAUCGCAAGUGUUCCCACUCCAUAAUAAUGAUAACUUAGCAAGACUCCGGCAGACAUGGGUCCAGGCAGUGUUCAAGAAGCAACCCUUAGAUGAAAUCAAUGAUUAUUUUGGUGUUAAGAUAGCUAUGUACUUUGCUUGGCUUGGACGCUACACAACUGCCCUCAUGCUGCCAGCUAUAUUAGGCACAUUCUUAUGGAUUACACAGGGUAUUGAUGAAGCAAAUCAUGAUGAACACAUUGUGAUAUUUAGUGUGUUCAACAUCAUCUGGGGAACACUCUAUCUAGAGUCAUGGAAGCGGCGAAGUGCUGAGCUGGCCUACCAGUGGGGUACGUUAGACUCUAAGCAUGAGCUCAUAACAGACCCACGACCUCUGUACACGGGUGAUUUGAUUGAGAGUCCAAUAUCUGGCAAGCUGACUCCCUACUACCCUGCCUGGAAACGUAACCUCUUUCAUUAUUUUGUGACGUUGCCUGUUAUUAUCCUGUGCAUUAUUGUCGUCUUUCUAUCGAUGCUUUCAUUAUUUGAGCUGCAAGAAUAUGUAAAUAAAAAAAUUCAAGAAGAACAAUUUCCAAGCUGGAUAAGCCUUUUACCAAAAGUGUUAUUAGGAAUUUGUAUUAACAUAACCGAAGACGUAUAUAAGAAAAUUGCAAAGUGGUUGAAUGAUAUGGAAAACUACCGACUUCAAGAAACUUAUGAAAACCACCUUAUCAUCAAACUUGUUGUGGUGCAAUUUAUCAAUAAUUUUCUGUCAUUAUUUUAUGUGGCCUUUUAUUUACAAGACAUGGCAAGACUCCGAGCAACCCUUGCCACUUUGUUUAUCACUAAGCAAAUCAUUGGCAAUGCCAAGGAAGCCAUGUUGCCAUACUUAAUGGAGAAGAUCAAGAUGUAUCGCAUGACCUACAAAAUGGCGGAAGAGAAUAUUGACCUUGAUGAUGACAGUGAUGAUAACGAGAAUGUUCUGAAUGAAGGUGAAGACCAAAUUGACAUAAAAUAUGAGCCUGGUGUGCAUACACAGGAACAUUCAGAACUUUUAAAUGCCAGGAAAAAAUCAGCAUCUCAUCGUCUGAGUAAAGAUGAGUCCAAGCUGUUUACCUUGACACAGGCUGAGGUCGAGAGUUGCAUGCACCCCUAUGAGGAUACUUUUGAUGAUUAUCUUGAAAUGUUUAUUCAGUUUGGUUAUGUUAUCCUGUUCUCAUCUGCAUUCCCGUUAGCCGGUCUCUGCGCCUUAAUAAACAAUGUCGUGGAAAUACGCACUGAUGCCUUUAAGUUAUGCACAAGUUUACAGAGACCGUUUGGUCAGCGAGUUGAAAACAUUGGAACUUGGCAAGAUGCAAUGGAAUUGAUGGGAGUGAUUGGUGUUAUUGUGAACUUUGGCCUUCUUGGAAUAUCUGGUCAGAUUCAGCGUGCAUUUCCUGGCAGCAGCACCUCUACUGUCAUCAUUUUCAUAGUAGUCCUUGAGCAUGUCACUCUAGCGUGUAAGUUUGCCAUAGCUUACGCGAUCCCCGAUAUUCCACACUGGGUCUCCCUACAGAUGGCUAAACUGGAGUUCAACAGACGGGAAGCAUUAAAGAAACUAGACCAAGCAGCAAUGGCAAGUGCCAAAGAAAGUAUAGAGAAAGCCACAAAGAACGAAGCAGAAGGGACAUGUGACCCACUAGGCAGGGAGCUGAAGAAGCCUGAACCAGGCAAGGUCUGGCCUACAGCAAUGGCUCAAACUGCCGCUAACUUCAAGCUGUAUGACAGCCUAGGCCCAAUGGAUGAGGUCUGCCAUCUCGUUGAGUGUGUACCAGAAACUAAACCCAUAGAAGAGAAGAAGAAUGAAUAAUUUACUUUUACUAUUUUUUAAAAUUUAAAUAAAAUAAAUAAUAAUAGGAUAUAUUUCCCACAUGUUCAUGUUGUAGUAAUAAUCAGCAGGUGCAUCACAUCCAAUUGCAUGUAUGAAAUAAUAAGCAUGUUUACAUUUUCAAGUGGUGUAAAUGAACAAAUUUACAAUAAUGUCAAAUUUAUUUAGAUAAAAAACUGAGCAAUUAGACUAGUUAGAUUAGUACUAAUAAUUAUGAUUAAGAUUCAACUCAUUUGGUUUGUUUUAUAUGCAUUUUAGCCAGUAUGAAUACAAGAAAUUAGUAAUAAAAAUUUGUACAAAGUUGAAAAAAAGAACAGAAUUUAAAUGUGUAUAAACCAGUUUAUAAAACUCAAAAUAUACACUUUAAUCAUAGGGACCUUAUAAAAGUAUUAUUAUUAUUAUUAUUAUUAUGUUCAUUUAAUCCUAAAAGAAAAGGAUUUUAGUAUAAAAUUAAAUACUCAGCUCUAACGACACUAUCAAGUUUAAUGUGAUGAAUGCCCCUGAUAUGCCCAUAUAUGGGCAUAAUGAUCACACUCAUGAUCACAGGUAUUAUAAUUCACUCAAAGAAAGUUGCAAUUUUUAUAGCAUUAAACAUCUAAAUUCUGCUAUCUUGCCAAGAAUAUUUUGAUGUGAAAUUUUGUAAUUAUUAUAUCAAAUCAAAAUGUUGUAAUUUAUUCUAUAAAGAUCAACAUUUUGUGGAAGUAGCAUUCCUUAAACAAGCAUUGUUUAUUUUAUGUUUUUUAUUGAGAUAUGUUUAUUUUGAAGGAAUUAUGGGAAGCUGCAAACCAAAGUAAUUAUUUUACAUAAAUAUAUAGAGUAAUUGAUUGGUUUUUGUCUCUGAAUAACAGUAAUAAUUCUAAACACAAUUCACUGUGCAGUAUUUAUUUUCAUUAUAACAAAUUUUAGACGUUCUUAUAAUUUUUCCAAAAUGUAUAUGGGCAUCUGUGCAUUUUUAAUUAGCCUCCCAGAAUUGUUGUAAUCCUAAGAACAGUAACAAUUGACAAUCAGCUGGUGGGUGAAUCUUAAGUAAGCGAGUGGCUAACCACUUUAAUUUUUGCUGGUAAAGGUAUCAGUAUAAUUGAAAUCUUAACAGUAGCCUUUUCAAUUCAGGCUAAAAAUGCCCAUUUCAAUUCAGGCUUCUUGAAAAAAAACAUAUUUUUCCCAAAAAAUUAAAAUGCAGCUAUUAGUUCUGCUUUGAUUAUUGAUGUCAGACACACUGAAAGAAUGAAAAAGGCUUACAAUCAUCACUACACGAUACGAUGAACCAUUAUUGUCACAAUGGUAUAAUAUACAGCUAUGAAAUAUACAGUAGUUCCUUGAAGUACACUCAAUACUAAUGGUAUAAAAUAUAUAGGCAUGCAAACAUAGUAGCAAGUAUGUUUUAAGGUUAAUGUUUGCUCUGGGUUUUGUUUCAUCUGUUAGUGUUAGUUUUGAGACAGUAAUUUUCUGAAUCACCUUAUAUUUACUACCCUUGUCAUUUUAUAAACAUUUGAAUUGAUUCUUUUGGAUAUAUUAUUUAGACAAUAACGUUUGUCUUAUCUUUUUCUUACAUUUAAAUUAUAUUUAGUGUAAUUAGCAUCAGCUUCGAAAGUUGCUUAUACAUUGUUUACUAUCAAUUAUUUGCUAUGGUAUGAAGUCGAGGUUUUGUGUAUGAGUGCAUAUAUUAGGAAUUAGUACAAAAGUAAAGUAGAUAUACAAAUAUAUGCAUUAUUUAUGAUGGGAACAUAUACAACUUUUAUUGUAAUAAAAGCGAUUUGAGAUUGUGUAGACAUAAAAUUGAACAUUAGAGAUCAGUUGAGAUAAUAAACUAAAUGCUUAUUAUGUCGUGAAAUGCAGUUUGUAGUACAGUAAUAUACUGUACUCAACGAGUUUAGCUUGCUACACAUAAUGUAUAAUUGUAUUCUACUGACACGCAUAGUGGGUCAAGUGUUAAUGACGUAAGUAAGGGUCCGGUCUAUUGUAGUUACUAUAUUUUAAGAUGUAUACUUGAAUUGUUAUAGAAUAAUUGGUUAAUAAAUUGCUUUCUAUUUUAAGGUUUUGAAUUUAUUGGGAUCACUGUGCAAUAGUAAGAAGUAGAAUAUAUCAAUCAUAGCAUUGAAAUCAUUGGGUAUCAUCCCAUUUUACAAUAAAUUUUAUGAAAUAUCAAACGA